UGUGAUUUAUUAUAUUGCGUUGCAGGCCGACGGCGAAAGAUGACGAUGGACGUCAAGGCGGAGGCGCAGCCGGCGGGCGCGCCGCAGAAGUGCGCGGGCUGCGGCAAGGCCAUCACGGAGAGGUACCUGCUCAAGGCUCUGGACAUGUUCUGGCACGAGGACUGCCUCAAGUGCGGCUGCUGCGACUGCAGGCUGGGCGAGGUGGGCUCCACGCUCUACACCAAGGCCAACCUCAUCCUGUGCAAGCGGGACUACCUCAGGCUGUUUGGCAGUACGGGCUACUGCGCCGCCUGCUCCAAGGUGAUCCCGGCCUUCGAGAUGGUCAUGAGGGCCAGGCACAACGUGUACCACCUCGAGUGCUUCGCCUGUCAACAGUGCAGCCACAGGUUUUGCGUCGGCGACCGCUUCUACCUGUGCGAGAACAAGAUCCUCUGCGAGUACGACUACGAGGAGAGGAUGGUCUUCGCCAACAUGGCCUACAACCCGCCGCCCAUCACCCACCUCAAGCGGCAGACCAACAUCCACCCGCCGCCACCUCCUCACAUGGGUGGCAUGGGCAUGGCGCCGUGCCCCUCGGACAUGGGGUCACCGGACCGUCGCGGGGUGCCAGCCAUGCAGCAGCAGCAGUCCUCGCAGCAGCAGCAACAGCAGCAGGCACAACAGCAGCAGCAGCAGCAGCCCGUCAGCAGCGCGGGCAGCGUCGCCGCCUCCUCCGUGUCGUCCACGUCCAACGGCUUCCACCAGGUGGACGGCCUCGGCCAGCAGGCCAUGGGCGGGCUGGCGCACUCCGCGCACGGCCAGGGCCUCGGACACUCGGCCAAGUGAUGACGGCAAGCCGGCAGGUCGGCGCGGCGCGGGUCGCCCUACGACCUGCUGUGAGUGCCACGGGCACCGGCUGGCUGGCCCUCACAUAAGCUGUGAAAACUGUCGGACGUUUUGUGAUCGGGUUUCUUUCUCUUCCUCUGACUAUACGCGCGUUCAACGCAAAGAAAGGAAAGAGGAAGAAAAACAACGUUUGUGCCAAAUUGGUUAUUGUGAUUGGGUGAAGGUCCCGCUCAUUACCGCUACUUGCUCCUGGCGGAACAGGAGUGCCCCGGAGCGACCUCUCCGGGAAAACAACGACGCCUCGGCUCGCAUUAAAAGUUGGCCGCCCCCUCUCGAUUGCGGGGGACGGGCCUCGGCCUCGACGGCCAGGAGGGCGAGGGGGAGGAGGAGGCCGCCCGCCCCUGUGCCCGGGCCCGGGCCGCCGCCGAUCGCUUGCUGACGCCGGCCAAUAUAAUCUUCCAUUUGCCAACUUUGCGGACAAUGGAGUCGUGACGCCGUCGUCGACGACGACGCAGGGGGAAGGGGGGCGUCCGUAAAGCCCCGGCCGCGCUCGCGUGACGGGCCCCUAGGUCCCGCGCGUCCCGGCCCCGGGGCUCCUGCGACGCCCGGGAUGGACCACUCCGCCGGUAUUAAUUCCUCUACAAAGUUGCGUCAUCUAUUUCAUCGCUCUGGACAAAAGAGCUCUUUCCCUCGUAAAAAUGUCGUCCGGGGACGAUGAGGCGGCGAUUAAUCACGCGACCCGCGUCUUCGACCCGGUCGAUCGGAAAACCGGCGCCGUCGGCCGGCCGAGCGACCGAGUCAGGAUAAAAAAAAUACGUGUACAUAUUAGUUAUUACCAAAGAACUCUGUUGAUGAAUAAUGUUGUUGUUUUGUAAAGUUCGUUAAAAAAUAAUUGUUGAACUUUUUGUAAAUAAUCAAGAGUGGUAAUUUGCUUUAACAAAUAGAGAACUCUAUCGAUAGUCUGCAAAACUGAUCGAAAGUUGAAAUAUUAUAAUUUAGAAACUCUGAGACUGUCCUUCAAACUGUGCUCUAAAUUGGUGUUUCAAUAUACGUAAAUAACGGU